ACACCCCUUAUUUGCCAAUCGAUCGCCACAAAAGGCAUGCUAGAGUUUCUACUCUAUGGAAAUUCACCAACACUGGCCGCGCCUCCUACCUACACUGUCACGCUGAGCUGUAACAUUCACAAAUGGUCAGCCUGCUGCAAGACCGCUUUUCACAUCGGCGACCACAUGAGAAGAGACUAGGAGGACAGCUCGACAAACUGAAAUAAUGAAGUCUGUGGAACGUUUUUUUGAUGAGCUGGGUCACUUUAAAAGGUUCCAGGCAUGUGUGUAUUUUGCAGCUGUUUUUCAGGCCAUCUCCUGUGGAAUUCACUAUUUGGCAUCAGUGUUCCUGGCUGAGACUCCCAAGUUUGUCUGCGGUGCGCCCGGAAACAUCACCGCCGCCAUGGUUGCCAAUUACAGUGGCUCAGGAUUGGAGGACAUCUGGAGUCACUGGAACCCGGGACAAGGCUUCGUCCUUGUGGAGACGGAGAUUGGCGAACUGUGGGAGCUCAAUAAGUGCAGUCGGUCCAGGCGGACAGACAGUUUUGACUUUGACUACUCUUUCAGUGGUAAUAAGAGCGAGUUCCCCUGUUCAGAAGGGUUUGUCUACGAUCGCACCAACAUCCAGCAAAGUAUUGUAACAGACUGGAACCUGGUCUGUGACAAGGAAUGGCUAGCAAAGCUCACCCAGCCCUCCUUCAUGUUUGGAGUCCUCAUCGGAGCACUCAUAUUUGGAGACAUUGCCGACAGAGUGGGCAGGCGUACAGUCAUGAUGUUUACAAGCACAUGCCAGUUUGUGCUUGGAAUUGCUGUUGCCUUUACCGCCAACUAUUACGUCUUCAUUGUCAUUCGUUUCAUGCUGGCCAUGGUGUCCAGCGGCUACCUGGUGGUAGUGUUUGUGUACGUGACAGAAUUCACUGGGAUCAGAGCUCGGACCUGGACCUCCAUGCACGUCCACGCUUCCUUUGCGGUAGGGGUCAUGGUGGUGGCGCUAGUUGGAUACCUGGUGCGGGUCUGGUGGAUCUAUCAGAUCAUUCUGUCCCUGCCUACAUUUCCCUUCCUUCUGGUGUGCUGGAAGCUGCCAGAGACCCCAUUCUAUCUGCUGGCCAAGGGCAGAUACAAGGAAGCCCAGGACCUCAUUGACAAGGUGGCUGAGUUCAACGGUGUUGCCAACCCUUGUAGGGUGUCCGACCUACUGCAGCCUGAGGAGAUGGACAUGCUGGAGAGAGACCAGGAUGCAACACCAGAGAGGAAACUCAGCAUCCUGGAUCUGUUUGGUACCUGGAAAAUGGCUGGCAGGACUAUCACUGUGUGGCUGGUGUGGUUCAUUGGAAGCUUAGGAUACUACGUGUUCUCACUGGGAUCUGUCAAUCUGGGAGGAAACCAGUACCUAAACCUGUUUCUUGCAGGAGCAGUGGAGCUUCCUUCCUACAUCGUCGGCUGCUUUGCAAUGGAUAAACUGGGAAGGAGAAACACUCUGGCCCCGUCCCUUAUUCUCAGUGGAACAGCGUGUGCCCUUAUUAUCGUUGUGCCGCAGAACAUUGCAAUUUUGGCUAUCAUUCUGAGCAUGACAGGGAAGUUUGCGAUUGCUAUAGCCUUUGGGCUCAUCUACCUGUACACAUGCGAGUUGUACCCUACUAUCAUCAGGUCUCUUGCUGUUGGUAGUGGAAGUAUGCUGUGCCGUGUUGGAAGUGUAGUUGCACCCUUCUGUGUGUAUUUAGCAUCUGUUUGGACCUUCUUACCACAGGUGAUCGUUGGCAUCUUGGCCCUCCUGAUUGGGGUGCUGACUCUGCUGCUCCCAGAAACCCUGGGGAAACCCCUGACAAGCACCCUGGAGGAGGCUGCAGCACUCGGAUCUAAGAAAGAACCCGAAUGCACACAAGCAAACAGCACAUCGGGAGAGAAAAUCGAAAUGAUCCAAAAGUCUGAGCUUCCAGGACUUGCAAUAUAAAGAUGCGCCUUGGUGUUUUGUAUGCAUACAUUUUUUUUUUUUUUUUUUUUAAAUCCGUGCAAGAAUAAUAUCAGCAAAGACCUACAUUUGAGUCUGUAAAAAUGCAGCAAAUUGAAUGAAUGAAUGUAAUUGUCUUUGUGGUAGCUGUAAAGCAGCGGUAUUCAUCGGCACUCCUGAACCUCUCAAGGACCCUCCCUAUGAGCAGAACAACCAAGGUGCAUUCCAUGGACUUUAUACUGUCGUCUUCUUUACAGCAAGACACACAGGACCGAACAGCUACCUCUAGCUACACUGCAAUACUUUCCCAAUGAAAUACGAUGUCCUAAAUCCCUGAGAAGGGUGUUACUCUAACAAAACUUGCAGUACGAAGUUUGAAAAAUGUGCUUAGGGAUGAUGUCUGUCUCCACGGUGCACUAAUGUAUCUAAGCCAUUGAAGUACUGUAUUGGCAGGUUUCAAUAUUUCAGUAUUUUUCAGAUUAAUGGUGGGGAAUUGCAGAUCUAGUCUGCUGUGCUGCCCGACUUGUUGUGACACUGAGCUAGAGCUCACUCAGGCCAUUGCAUAUGGAACAGAUAGUCAUUCUUGAGCCAUGUGAGUGAAGUGCUGCUUUCUGCAAUACCACAGCCUGUGCCAAUGUACUGUUUCUGUAACAACGGUAAUGCAUUCUGUAACCCUGGUGCAGCCACAUCAAGAAAUAUUAAAGAAACCGUAUUCAUAUAUACUGUAGUAUUGAAAAUAAAACUACAAUUGGAAUAAAAA